AUGUCCGAGGCCGCUAUCGAUACGAUUGAACGAGGGGCCUUCCAGCGGACUCCACAAAUCCAAGCUAUUGUGCUGAACAAGAAUCGCCUCUCACAGUACGUCGUAUUUCUCGGUCAAUCGCUACAGUUCUUCCGUGGCUGUCUGUUUUGUUGUUUGUUGGUAGCCCUCACGCGAGAGCUAUUUGCUCUGGCUAUGCGAUCGCUGUGA